ACCGAAUACAUAAUAAAACUUUUGCCCUCUCUUUUAUAUCCAAAACCCCUAGGACGGCGCUUCUACUCACUUCUCCACUCACAGAUUCUCUCUCUCUAAGUCUAGGACCCUUGUUUUUCUCCACCGUCUUGAAAGAAAUGGCCAAGAUUAAGAUCGGAAUCAAUGGAUUUGGAAGAAUUGGACGAUUGGUGGCUAGGGUGGCUCUGCAAAGAGACGAUGUUGAGCUUGUUGCAGUCAAUGAUCCCUUCAUCUCCGUUGACUACAUGACCUACAUGUUCAAGUAUGACAGUGUUCACGGCCAGUGGAAGCACCAUGAGCUGAAGGUUAAGGAUGAGAAAACCCUUCUCUUUGGCGAGAAGCCUGUGGCUGUUUUCGGUUAUAGGAACCCAGAGGAGAUUCCAUGGGGAGAGACUGGUGCAGAAUACAUUGUGGAGUCAACUGGGGUUUUCACCGACAAGGACAAGGCUGCAGCACAUCUGAAGGGUGGUGCAAAGAAGGUUGUUAUUUCUGCACCAAGCAAGGAUGCACCAAUGUUUGUUGUUGGUGUAAAUGAGAAGACUUAUACACCAGAUCUCAACAUUGUUUCUAAUGCUAGCUGUACCACAAACUGCCUUGCUCCUUUGGCAAAGGUUAUUAAUGAUAAGUUUGGUAUUGUCGAGGGUCUUAUGACCACAGUCCACUCUAUUACUGCCACUCAAAAGACUGUUGAUGGACCAUCCGCCAAGGACUGGAGGGGUGGAAGAGCAGCUUCAUUCAACAUUAUCCCCAGCAGUACCGGAGCAGCAAAGGCUGUUGGCAAAGUUCUUCCUGCUCUGAAUGGAAAAUUGACUGGAAUGGCUUUCCGUGUCCCAACGGUUGAUGUAUCUGUUGUUGAUCUUACUGUAAGAUUGGAGAAGGCGGCGUCUUAUGAAGAAAUUAAGGCAGCUAUCAAGGCGGAGUCGGAGGGAAGCUUGAAAGGAAUCUUAGGUUACACUGAAGACGAUGUGGUAUCCACCGACUUUGUGGGUGACAACAGGUCAAGUAUUUUCGACGCCAAGGCAGGAAUUGCUUUGAAUGACAAGUUUGUUAAGAUUGUUUCGUGGUAUGACAAUGAAUGGGGUUACAGCUCACGUGUGAUCGAUUUGAUCAAGCAUAUUGCCUCUGUUCAGUAAUUUGGUGUGACCUGCAGUGCUCAAGACGUUGGAGCAUUUGCUAUUGUGGUUUUGUGAAACUCUAGUUAGAAUAAUGUGCACUCUGUGGGCGACUACUUAUUAGAGUGUGGCUUGUUAUCGGAUUCGGAUUUACAUCUUAUGGGACGUAGGCUACAGCCAUGUUUUGAAGAGUUUUAUGUGAACAAUAUUUUCAAAUUCUCUUGUACUGAUGUGUAAUAAUAUUAGGUCUUGGUCUUUUUGGCCUUUCUUUGCCUAAGGUCAAAUGCUUAAAUUAAAAACUUGCUGCUGGUACAUUCUUGACCCCUAUAUGGUCUGAAGAGGCAAAGUAAAACUUUUGGCCAUUUGGGUUUCGGACUGGUCAUGAUUACAGCAAGUAGCAAUCAGUGGGUCCUUAAUGACUUUCCCCGUAUCAUAUAGUGGGCA